AAUUGCUAAGAUUAAAGGCAUGUGACGCUAUGCCUGUAUUGUUUUUGUUUUUGAGGUACGGUCUGUGUAGCCAAAGCUGCCCUCAGACUCAUGUAACUGAGGUUGAGCUUGAAUUCCAGAUCCUCCUGCUCCCACCUCCAGUUGUGGGGAUGACCUGCAUGAGACAUUCGUCUCUGUUGUGUGUUUUGAGGAGUCUGGGAUGAGGUAGAAAUCGCAGGGAUAAGGUAGUACUGGGUCCGAUCUCCUGGGGCAGGUGAUCACGCUCACAAAGACUGCAAUAGAUCAGGUAGUACUAGAACAAGACGCGCUGCAGACGACUGUAAACACAGUUUGGCGGGCGGAUGGUGCUCGAUUCCUUGGACGGGUGGCUGGGAGACGGAAGGGGGGCGGGGGACACGGUUGGCGCUAUCGGAGGGCAGCCGGGUGCCUGUAGGAACCGAUAGGAGGCCGAGUUCUCUGCGCGCACACACACCCGCUAGGGCGGGGCCAGCACCGCUCAACUUGCAGGGUGAGUGGGCGUGCGCACACGGGUGGAACAGGGCAGGCGGGGUCGCUACUCUCCGUAGUUCUAGAGGCGCCACUUUUGCAAGACCCCUCGAAGGCCCUUUUGAAGAAGAGGGCGGGGCACUAUAAUUAUCGGAUCUGCACAGGCGACAGGAGGGAGGCCGCCCUGCUGGCAUCCCGGGGCUCCGAAGAACUUCUAUGCUUCACCCAGCGCUUGGAAGACUUGGUGUGUUUCUGGGAGGAAGCGGCGAACUCCGGGAUGGGCUUCAACUACAGCUUCUCUUACCAGCUCGAAGGUGAAUCAAGAAAGUCAUGUCGCCUGCACCAGGCGCCCACCGUCCGCGGCUCCAUGCGUUUCUGGUGUUCACUGCCGACCGCGGACACGUCGAGUUUUGUGCCACUGGAGCUGCAGGUGACCGAGGCCUCCGGAUCUCCUCGCUACCACCGCAUCAUCCAUAUCAAUGAAGUAGUGCUCCUGGACGCCCCCGCGGGGCUGCUGGCGCGCCGAGCAGAAGAGGGCAGCCACGUGGUGCUGCGGUGGCUGCCACCUCCCGGGGCUCCUAUGACCACCCACAUCCGCUACGAGGUGGACGUGUCAGCAGGCAACCGGGCUGGGGGGACACAAAGGGUGGAGGUCCUGGAAGGCCGCACUGAGUGUGUCCUGAGCAACCUGCGGGGCGGGACGCGCUACACCUUCGCUGUUCGAGCACGCAUGGCCGAGCCGAGCUUCAGCGGAUUCUGGAGCGCCUGGUCUGAGCCCGCGUCGCUACUGACUGCUAGCGACUUGGACCCUCUCAUCUUGACGCUGUCUCUCAUUCUCGUCCUCAUCUCACUGUUGCUGACUGUGCUGGCCCUGCUGUCCCACCGCCGGGCUCUGCGGCAGAAGAUCUGGCCUGGCAUCCCAAGCCCAGAGAAUGAGUUUGAGGGUCUCUUCACCACCCACAAGGGUAACUUCCAGGUAGGUAACCUGUUUGUCUUCUCUGUUCCUGGGGCUGCCUGCUGCCACAUGCUGGAGCCCAUGCCUCUGAGCCCACAGGCAUUCUCUUUCCAGCUAUGGCUGUUGCAACGCGAUGGCUGUCUGUGGUGGAGCCCAAGUAGCCCCUUCCCUGAGGAUCCACCUGCCCACCUAGAGGUCCUCUCAGAGCGACACUGGGGAGUGACUCAGGCUGGGGAUGCAGGGGCAGAGGACAAGGGGCCCUUACUGGAGCCAGUGGGCAGUGAGCGGGCCCAGGACACCUACCUGGUAUUGGAUGAAUGGUUGCUACCCCGGUGCCCAUGCAGUGAGAACCUCUCUGGGCCUGGGGACAGUGUAGACCCUGCGACUAUGGAUGAAGGUUCAGAAACAUCUUCCUGCCCCUCUGACUUGGCUUCAAAGCCCAGGCCAGAGGGCACCUCGCCUUCCAGCUUUGAGUACACCAUCCUGGACCCCAGCUCUAAGCUCCUGUGCCCUCGGGCACUGCCUCCUGAGCUACCCCCCACUCCACCUCACCUGAAGUACCUGUACCUUGUGGUGUCCGAUUCCGGCAUCUCAACAGAUUACAGCUCAGGGGGCUCCCAGGGAGUCCACGGGGACUCAUCUGACGGCCCCUACUCCCACCCCUAUGAGAAUAGCCUUGUUCCAGACACAGAGCCUCUGCGGCCCAGCUACGUGGCCUGCUCCUAGGACUCCAGCCUACAGCCUGUAGUUCCUAAACCUACAACUUCUUGAAGAGGAUGGCUGAGGCCAUAUUUAAAGCCCUGGCCCUCUGCCCAGGAAGUGACAGCCUUGCAAUGUUAAGAUGGAUAGUUAUGUCUGUAUAUAGAAAUAUAUAUAUAUUGAUUUUUCUACUGUGA